AGAGCCUUCAAUUGAUGUUAUGCCAUAUACACUAUUCGAUAAAGGAAAUAUUGACGGAACUGAAAAAAAAUGUUGACAAAUAGCAAAGCAGAAAAACUCAGAAGCUGUUAAGAGUACAAGAAGGAAAAGAAAAGAAAUAAGAUCAGAUUUCCCGUUUGAGGUAAAAUGAUGAUCAACACAAGCAGAAAUGAAACAAUGCUUAAAGCAGAAGAAGAAAAAUUUUCCGAUCAUCGCACACAAGUGGAAAUAAUACUCCAAGCUGCAUUUCUAGGAGUGAUCAUGUUCUCGUCCAUCUUCGGGAAUAUUCUCAUUCUACUGGCUAUCUACAUAAACCGUCAUUUACGCGAGGUAACUAGUGUAUUCAUAGCGAAUCUCGCUUGCGCAGACCUUCUCUUAUCUCUCAUAGGGAUGCCAUUUACGUUGACAUCGUCCAUAACAUACGAAUGGAUUUUUAGUUCUCACUGGUGCAAAAUCAAUGGACUGUCCAAUUCAGCGUUCUGCAUUGCGUCUAUGCUCUCACUAGCAGCUGUAUCGAUCGAUCGAUACGUGGCAAUCAUCAAACCAUUGCAAUACAAACUAAUCAUAACUCCAAGGAUAGUGACAAUGAUGAUCGUUUAUGUCUGGUUCCAGUCAAUUUCCUGCGCGUUGCUACCAAUAUUUGGAUGGUCUAGAUACACCUACAUCAGGAAAGAGUCAAUAUGUACGGGUGAUUGGGGGUACAGUAUCCCCUAUACAUUGUUUAUAUUCACUGCUUGCUUCAUUAUUCCACUUCUUGUUAUGGUUUAUAGCUAUUACCAUAUACUUAAGACUGCUCGAGAGCACUCGAGAAGAAUUGCCACAACUCGCUUGGGACAACUAGGUGACAAUCCACUGCAGACAGCAAUGGCAGUGCCUACUGUUAAACGCACCUCGAUGCUUAAUUCCUCUCGCGUAAGUGUAUUAUCGGUUCUUCAAAAUAACGAGAGCAAGUCCAGGUACAUUAGGGACGAAAAAGCUGCCAAGACAUUACUUAUUGUAGUCGGUUCGUUUUUAUUUUGCUGGUGUCCUCAUUUUAUAGGCAUGACUUGUUUGCUAUUCCCCUCAUGUUCUUGACCUGAUGAGUUUUACGCCACUACGACCUGGCUUGCAAUGAUGAAUAGUGGCUGUAAUCCUAUCAUCUAUGGUGCCCUUAACAGACGAUUUCGGCAAAGUUUUAAGGAUAUCAUUUGUUGUGGACGGACGAAAAAACACAGAGCCAAAAGUGGACCCGUUUAAAUGCGAGCAGGAUGAUUCAGUGUCUAGUUUGUAUCAUAUUCCAGGCGCACAAGAUAUGAGAAUAAGUUAAUAAGGGCCGCGCGAAUAUCGAAAAUUUCUUUACUCUUUUCUGAGGGAAAACGCAAGUUUUGGCACUUUUGACUUGACGCUACCCUGGGUUCCAGAGGCUUG